CAGACACUCGGGUCUGUGGCCAUGGCAAGCUCAGAAGACGUCCAGAGGGCCACAAGCCCAGAAGACGUCCAGAGGGCCACGGAACUGAUUGAGCAGCGGCUGGCUCAGGAAGAAGAAAGUCAGAAACUCCAGAGUACCUCAAACAUGAAGUCUGGGCCAAUGCAGAUGGACAUGCUGGUGUUGGAGAAUGAGAAGCAUCAUGGAGCCCAGAAUCUGGCACUACAAAAGGUCAAGGGCCAAGAGAGGGUACGAAAGACAUCUCUGGAUCUUCGCCGAGAGAUCAUUGAUGUGGGUGGGAUCCAGAACCUCAUCGAGCUUCGAAAGAAACGGAAGCAAAAGAAGAGAGAGGCACUGACCCUGCCCCCAGAGUCUCCGCCUGAACCCCAGGAAAUUACUGGACCCAUAGAAGAAGAGGUGUUCCUGAAAGCUGCUGUGGAGGGGAAAAUGAACAUUAUUGAGAAAUUCCUGGCAGAUGGGGGUUCUGCUGAUACCUGUGAUGAGUUUCGCCGGACAGCCCUUCACCGGGCCUCCCUGGAAGGCCACAUGGAGAUCUUGCAGAAGCUGCUGGACAGUGGAGCCACGGUGGACUUUCAGGACCGGCUAGACUGCACGGCGGUACACUGGGCUUGCCGGGGAGGCCACCUGGAAGUGGUGAAGCUUCUGCAGAGCCGCGGGGCCAACCUCAACGUGCGAGACAAGCUCCUGAGCACUCCCCUCCACGUGGCCUGCCGCACGGGACACAUCGACAUCGUGGAGUACUUUCUCUCCAUGGGAGUGGAUAUCAAUUCCAAGGACAGGGAGGGAGACAGCGCCCUUCACGACGCCGUACGCCUCAACCGCUACAGGAUCAUUAAGAUGCUGCUUCUGCACGGGGCCGACAUGAUGGCCAAGAACUUGGCAGGGAAGACCCCCACAGACCUUGUGCAGCUCUGGCAAGCAGAUACCCUACAUGCCCUGGAGCACCCAGAACCAGAACCCUCCCAGGGCCAGAAUGGUCUGGAGGGUGUCGCCAAGACCCCACAGCCUGUGCUCUCACAAUGAAUCUCAUUCGCUUGUCCACCGAAGAUGGCCAUCGGGACUCCAGAAUAUUGCUUGGCUUUCCUAUCUGGAAGAAUUGUCAACUUCCUGCAAAUGUAUGAAACCAGGCGAGGCCCCCUCCAUAGGUAAACUAUACAGACAAAGCCCCUAGACUCAAGGAGCUUAGAAGAGAAGAGAAAACACACAGGGUUGGUGUCAAGUGGGCAUUUGUAUUUCUCUACCCUCUCCCCAGAAUCAAUAUGUAAGGAAUUUAUUCACAAAUAAAAAAAUUAGGUUUUUUGGUA